CAAGAGUGAAGUAGAAAACCUGCAGCUUCUUCCUGCCGUUCAGACCAGCAGCUGCAGCUCCGGGGCAUUUAAACUCUGCAAACAUGAGUGAAUCACUGGUGGUUUGCGAUGUGGACGAGGAUCUGGUUAAAAAGCUGCGGCAGUUCCGUUUCCGGAAGGAGACCAACAACGCGGCCAUCGUCAUGAAAAUCGAUAAAGACAAGCAGCUGGUUAUUCUUGAUGAAGAACAUGAGGACAUCUCUCCUGAUGACCUGAAGGAUGAGCUUCCUGAGCGACAGCCCAGGUUUGUCGUCUACAGCUACAAGUACCAGCACGACGACGGGCGCGUGUCCUACCCGCUCUGCUUCAUCUUCUCCAGCCCCGUGGGCUGCAGGCCGGAGCAGCAGAUGAUGUACGCGGGAAGCAAAAACAAGCUGGUGCAGACGGUUGAACUGACCAAGGUGUUUGAGAUCAGAAACACGGAGGACCUGACGGAGGAGUGGCUCCGGGAGAAGCUGGGGUUCUUCCGUUAGAGGCUCCGCUCCC